AUGUCCAUUGUGAGUGGAAGACUGCCGGUCAUUGAACCAGAAGCAAAAUUCGACAGUAGAGCAUUCGUCCCAGGUUCCGCAAACAUGAGCACCGUUUUCCGCUCUGCUCCCAAAGGAAGAAGGGUAUCGAUCCAAGCUUUUGAGGUUGCCAACACAAUUGCCAGGGCCUCCAGUCUCAUAAAAUUCCUCUCCAAGCAAAGAAUAAGGCACCUGAAAGAGGGCGUGCUUAGGUCUGAAGGUGUCCGCUGUCUUAUCUCUGAAGAUUACAGUCUGCUGUCCAUUCUCGUUGAAGAUGAUAUACGAGAAGAGUUGAGACUAUUUUGUAUAGAGGUUGCCCGGCUUGGAGAUCUGUGUGAAGGCCCUCAAUGGCACAAUCUCAGUAUCUGCAGAUGUGGUUCUGCACUGCCAUCUAAGAACAACUCCAGUGAAGAAGCACCUCCCAGUUUGCAGUAUCUGAUAAAAUUGGCACAAAAUACAUGGGUUCUGCGCCAAGAAAUGCUAGCACUGGACAGACUUGAGCACACUCAUUAUGUGGCAGCUAUUCCUGUUAAGAAACAAAUUGAUGCUAUCAAGAGCCAAAGGGGUGCGGUGAAGGUCUUGAAAAGGAAAUCGCUCUGGUCGAAGAGUAUGGAAGAUAUUGUAGAGAAACUUGUAGGGAUCGUGGACUUCAUCCAUCUUGAGAUCAACAGAGCAUUCUUGGAGAACCAUGCCAGGAAAUCAUCUGGAGGACUUCGCGUAGCUAACAAUCUCGCGAAAACGUUAGGGCCCGCUGGACUUGAGUUGCAUUACGCCAAUGUCAUCUUGCAGCUAAAAGCUUUGGCAUUGGCAUCACCAGCGGUUCCUCAAAAUGCUCGGGAGGCUUUAUACCAAGCACUGCCUCCUCGGAUCAAACCAGUCCUGCAUACCCAACUGCGGCGGCGUUUUCCCCUCGGAGAAAAGCAGACCAUGACGGUAGCAGAGGUGAGAGCUGAAAUGAACAGGGUAUUGCGGUGGCUUGUGCCAGCUGCAGAAUCCACCAGGUACUUCAUACAACUUUUCCAGUUAACGGAACACCACUACUUAAAGAGUUGAAGUACAUUACUUUUAACAAUAUUGCACAGAAAGCUAUAGAUGUUGGAAAAUUGUUCUUAAUUGUAUAUAUGAUCACGGCUCGCCUGGUUGCCUUCUUGAUGCAUCAGGCUUUGCCUUCAAGAAUGGGCGAUGAAAGGGUACGUAACGUACGACCACUCGUCUCGUUUCUGCGUUUGCUCAUGCAACAGAUGUAUAAGCUGCAAUGUUCUGUCAGGCUGUCCCUGAUGUCUCAUGAAUCAAAUCUCUUUUACAGGAUGGAGGGUGUCAAUGUUGACGAAACAAACUGGUUCGAACAAGAGAAUCAUGUCAGUGUCGGUUCCAUGCUCGCUCAUGCAGAUGCCAAAGUGAGCAAGGUAGAGACGCUGUACUACGCCGACAAGGAGACGACCGAAGGUUACAUAGCGGAGCUUGUUCUGGCUCUUCAUCUUCUUGUUUCGCUGCCUACGGAGGAGAAGUGAGUCCAAGCUGAAGGCACUGAUGAACAGUUGAGGCGAGCACAACUUGAAGCAUCUGAAUUAACUUAUCGUCGAAUCUACGCUGUCGAAGCAAUGAGGGGAUAAGGCAGAGCCAUGGAUGCCUGAUUUUUUCGCCCUCUUCAGAUGCGUCAAACAGUUAUAACGCUGAGGGAAAUGACCUGAUUCUUGUGAAGUUUCAGCUGUAAGCAGGCUCUCUGUUGUUUCUGAAACUUCUCCAAGAACUCUGUUCACUCAGUCUUAUAUAUAGACAACUAGUAAAUGAUAACCUCACAUUUGUGCAGUUAGAUUUUCUGCAUCUUUUUAGACAUGUUGCUUUAUAUUUGAACGCGCUAUUGUAUACACAAAAUUUAUCCAGUACUUCUU